AUGUCACUGCGAGACCUGUUCGGUGCGCUGGGAGAAAUGCCGAUUACCAGCGGUCUCCGCUCCGCCGUGGAACGCCUGCUGGGACCGCUGGAGGGCGGAGAGGAGGUUGCCGGCGCUUCCACCACCACCGCGCAGCAGCGCGCUGCUGCGCGGGAGUUCGCCAAGAACACGGUGUUCCUCAACCUCUACGACAUCACGGAGGUGAACGAUGUGCUGUACCACGCCGGGCUCGGCGUCCACCACACCGGAGUGGAGGUGUACGGCAUGGAGUUUGCCUUUGGCCGGUGCCCAGAGGGCACGGGGGUGUUUCAGGUGACCCCCAAGCUCACGCCCCCGCACAUCUUCCGCGAGCAGCUCGUUCUUGGCGAGACGCGGCUCACGCGGGAGCAGGUGCUUGCCCUGGCGAAGGAGUUUAAGGAGAACGGCCGCCAGUGGUCCGGCCGCGCGUACCACCUGGUGAGGAACAACUGCAACCACUUCUCCGAGGCGUUCGCUGGUCGACUGUUGCCCCCCGAGGUGCGAGCAGCGCAGCAGGCGCAACGCGGGCUGGAGGUGUACGACGAUGGCCGACGGGAGGAAGUCACGCUGCCGAGUGGGCAGACGGUGCCCCUGCCGCCGCUGAUGCCGCGCUGGAUCAACCGCCUGGCGCGCAAUGCGGAUCGCUUUUUGCCGUCGGAGGUCGUUGAACGGAUGGAUGCGAUGGAUCGCACGGGGCAGGGGGUGAGCCCCGACGUGUGA